AUGCCUCAGGGUCUGUCCCGUGUCCCUGCUGCGGCUGGGCCGUGCCCUGCCCCGUGGUGGGGGAACGGGCAGGGCCCGGGCUCCGCGCCGGCAGCCGCGCACGCUGUUCCAGUGCAGGAGCGGCCGGCACCGCUUCUUGGACCUUUCGCCCCUGAAGAAACGCUGUUAGGGGCGGUUCCGAGUGCUGCCCCCAGCGCGCCGGGAGCAGGCUGUGCUGAGCUGCCUCUAACCCCCCCCGCCUCAGGUUCCCAGGCAUCACCCGAGCCUGCGGCUGGAGCCGGCCCUCCCCUGUCGCCUCCUGUGGCUGUGGCAGACCAAGGUCCUGAGCUGUUUACCACUGGCUCAGGUGGUGCUGCCGCGGGGGCGAAGCCGGUGGCCUUGACGGGCCAGGGGUCCCAGGCUGCUGGAGCCUCUUCGGCUGUCCUGUGGACUUUGUCCUCCUGUCAAAUGACUGUGCAGCUGAGCGUAUCAGGCAUUCCAUGUGCUUCCAAAUGCUUUGGUCCGGUGGAUGAGGGAAUGAGUGCUCUUCUUGUGGCGUGCUUGAAUGCCACUGCUCAAGGCAUCAUUGAUCACCUAGGAGACGUUGAUUCGGAUUUCCUGGGGUGCAUUUCUGCCAUGAGUUCCACACUCACCCCUCCUGUUCCUAUCCCUGCGGGACCUGGAUUUGCUCACCUUGUGCCUUUUGAGUUUUAUGUUCGCAGAGCUGAGACCCAGCUGUGGGGAGAUGGUGGCUUCGGGUUCCCUGGACCUCCCUGGGUCACUGGACUGCUGUUCUGACAGCCAGGGAUCAUCCUGAACGGGUCUGCACCCGGUCCAUCCUUGGUGAGAUGCUGUCAGAGACUAGCUUCCGUGGGUUUUGACACUGGCAUGGAUAUCACAAUUGUCAAGUUUGCUGAUGGACCUGAUGCUGACACAUUCAACACAAAGAAGAAAUUGAGACUGACUCUUCAGCAUUUUCUGUUGUCUUCUCUCAUGAUAGACUAGUCACCCUCCGUGACUUGAUGCAAGAACAGUUGGAUCACAGUGAUCUGGAGUUUCAGCCAGUCCCUGGGACAUUCCUGUUUUCUGUAUCAAGAAGAAGUCUGGGAAAUGGAGAUUGCUAUAAUACCUCCAGAAAGUACUGCUAUGGUGGAAAGCAUGGUGAUGUUGCAGGCUAGCAUGCCUUCACCUGCCAUGCUUCCUGCCAAUUGGCUAGUCCUCAUCGUGGAUCUGAAGGAUUGUUUUUUAUGAUUCCUUUGCAUCCUGAUGACAGACCAAAAUUUGUCUUUUUGGUGCCAGCUAUCAUUAAUGCUGAGCCCACACAGAGAUAUCAAUGGAGAUUUUGCCCUAAGGCUUGUGAAAAUUUGCCGGUAUUUGCCGAUGAUAUGGGGCUCUAGCCCUCUCUGGAGUUUGCAAGCAGUUUCCUGCUGCUCGUCUCUACAACCUCCCUGAAAUUAUUUGAGGGUCAAAAUGAUUUUGGGACAAACAGUCCUGCAUUUGGAGGUGCAAUUAUUUUAUUUUUUUGCAUUCAGUGCAGACACUGCAUGAAUGGUGUCCAGAUAUUAAUGGACUUUCACAUGGUUGUGUCCUUAUAUGGACAGACCACAACACAACUGUCUCCCUUGUUUGGUCUGUUAAAGGGGGACUCUGAUUUUAAAGUCACCUCUGACACUGACCCCAGAGGCACAGUAGAUGUUGGAGGAGGUUCUGUGAGCAGUUUCUGCUCCUCAAGUUUAUUACAUUAAUCUUUCCAUUGAUGACGCUGUUUUGUUUUUUUGGGUUUUUUUAGAGAGUCAUGAGGCUGGAUCAGCCCAAUUGAUAGAAUUACGGACUGCUGUCAUAGCAUUUCAUAAGUUUUCCCAGGCACCUUCCAAUUUGGCCGUGGAUUCUGCCUCCAUGACCAAAUUGAGAGUCAUCCACAAGCAGGUGUUGAUGUUGGACAACUGUGUCAUUUAUUUUUGAGUUUUGUUGUUUUUCUGGGG